AUGUACGGAGUUCCACGACCUGCAUAUAAGUUGUACCGAGACGUUUUCGCCGCCGAGCAAGGAUCGGAGCGUGCCGAUAUUUUCGUCGUAAGGAUAAGGGCUUUGUUGACGAAACUACCCUAUGAGUUACCAGAGGAAGCGAGAUUAGAUAUGAUUUACGGGCUUCUACAUAAGAGAAUCAGAAAACGAUUGUCGAGAGAUACUGUGAAUGACAUCGAAUCUCUCAUUGAAAGAUCUCGAGCUAUAGAAGAGUCGCUGACGGAGAACGCUGCGCUGCCGCCGCUCGCGCCGCCGCUCGCGCCGCCGCUCGCGCCGCCACAACCGCAGGCGUCGCCGCUGAGUGUGCCCGCGAGACCUAGCCGCAGGCAUGGCGAGGGACUUCAACAUAGUACUUCGGGUUCGAGUUCGACGGCGUCGCAACUGCGUGCCCCCGACUCCGCUUCGCAGUCAUCACGUGACCGUGUACCUGUGCCGCGUAGUGAUCAGUGUAUGAGCAAAAAUAGUGAUGGUGAGAGAAAGCUAUUCUGUGUUUACUGCAAAAAGCGAGGACACACCCGUGACUCCUGUGAUAAGUUAAGUAAAAGAUCUCAUUCUUCUAACUCAGGUAUUGGUUGUUAUAAUUGUGACGAGAAGGGUCAUAUUAGAGUAAAUUGCCCUAAAUGUUUACAAAAUAUACCUUCUAAUGAUAACAUUAAGGUUGAUAAUGUAUUUUCGUCCAUCUUUGUUAUUAAUUGCAUCUCGAAUUCGAAAUCCAAUUGUAAGGAGCAAGGUCGGCCUAUCGUACGAGUGAGUAUAGGGGGAUACUCGGGUACCGCGUUGUUAGAUACCGCCGCGCGUCGUAGUGUUGCGAGUUGUUCACUUUAUGCGUUAAUGAAACGUAUCGGUUUAAACUUUAGUACCGAACUGAUGUCGGUAAAGCUUGCUGACGGUACUAUUAGGAAUAGUGAGGUGCUACUCACGGAGCUCAAUGUUCAACUUGCUUCCUUAAGUAUACCUAUCGAGUUCAUUAUUUUACCGAAUGCCGUUAAUAACGAUACUUUGUUAGGUAUUACUUUAUAA